AUGUCAGGNGGUGCUACGGCUGCGCGCCGCCCUUCACUGGCCUCGUUCCCCUCUCGCAAGCAGUCUUUCUACGACGUUAUGCCCUCGGCCACCGCGAGACCUCCAAUGCGACCUUCACUAUCUCAAUCUGUUCGCUCGCCGACCAUGCCUCGUCGCAAGCGGAAACCACGCCCGCAAUACCCUCAGGACUCUUCCGAGCGCCAUGUCGAGUAUAUACUGGUUGCCUCCUUUGACAUUGAUACUGGCUCUGUCAUGGAGCAUCAAUAUCCCGCUCCAAUUGGCGGCGACGAGCACAUGUUGGCCGAACUCAUGCUGCCUGACCAGACCCAUCUGCGCAGCCAGGAUUGGACCGUCUUCUUCUUACACAAGGACCAAUCUCCAGAGGACGAGCUACUACAGCAGAGAAGAGAUAGGCGCAGACAACAAAGAGCAGAAAAGAAACAACAGCGAGCCCAAGCCAAAUCAGAUCAAGGUGCUACCGACCCGGCACUGGACAACGAUUCAGACGACAACACUGAAGAUGCCGAGUCAGAAGAUGACGCUGUCAAGAGCACCCAAGGUACACCACUAGUAUACGUUCUCAAUCUUGUCAACACCAAGCACGAUGCCAACGUCAAGCGUGGUGCUAUUGUCAAGGCUAUGGCCAUAUGUACGAGGCACUCGUUCUUGCAUAUAUACAAACCACUACUUCUUCUGGCACUUGAGGAUUACUUUCGUUCGCCCACUAUCGAGACGUUGGCUUCGCUGUAUGAAUCUGUCAAUGCCAUGGACCUCUCGCUACUCCCGCGUCUGUCUUUUCAGGAGCGCUUCAUCCUGCAAGCUUCUGAUGUCAAGGAUCUGUUCAUUGAGAAGUUCGAGGCCAUGGUUCACAAGCGUGUCCAGGAGGACAAGGCCGCAGAUCAGUCCGACGAGAAACAGCUUCAACAACAGACACCACGCCAACGAUACGGCUUGCCGCGAGACACACAUGAAUUCGAUUCUGUCGUGCAUUACAAUAAGAUCCCUGUGCCCAUCAAGAUACCCACUGCUUUGUCUCUCGAGACUGUCGGCGAUUUUUCACUCAUCAAACUUAUCCAAACUUUUAGCACACCGCACUCGGCCUCCCCCCAACCUUUUACUCAGCACCACCCACAUCUGACCACGUCUGGUCCUCUCACACACCCUAUUAUCGUUCUCCUUAAUGCAUUGCUCAGCCAGAAGCGCAUCAUCUUCAUUGGUCACAACUUGCCUUCGUCGGAAGUGGCAGAAGCUGUAUUGGCUGCUUGUUCCCUCGCUUCCGGUGGUUUCCUCAGAGGCUUCACGCGUCAUGCCUUUCCAUAUACCGAUCUUACAAAGAUUGACGACUUGCUCAAAGUUCCAGGCUUCAUCGCCGGUGUCACAAAUCCAGCCUUUGCUACCCACACCGAAUGGUGGGAUGUCAUGUGUGAUCUGCCGACAGGACGAAUCAAGAUCAGCCCAAAGAUUGAGCAAGCUCCAUUGACAGAAGGCGUGCUGUUCUUCCAACAGAGCGGCGUACCGCAACAACACAACGCACCAGGCGCUGUUUCAGCAGCAGGUACAGCGACUGGUGCAGGCAUGAGCGGCUUCCCUUCAAUCNNCCCCUCUGGGUCUGGGGAUCCAACAGGCGACGUGGCGUUCAUGUCCAGUGUGCUCGCCGCAAUCGCCGAACGCCGUGGUGAAGGCGCUGUGCGAUCAAAGUUCCGCCUCUGGAUCCUCAAAUUCAUUCGUAUAGCGGCAUCUUUCGAAGAGCUUGUUUACGGCGCUUCGGCAAUUUUCGCGUACUAUCCCCCAGGAUCUCCUAUCACACCAGCCACGGCCACUAUGGAUCUCNNCCCCUCACCAAUGACGGUACUAGACGCCGCGUUCGAGGAUCCUGCUGUCGCGGGUCAUGGCUAUGUGUGGCCUUCACAAGAAGCUAAGAUGCGUGAACUAGCUGCCAACGCUACACGUAUCGAAGGUUGGACAAAGACUCGUAGUUACUAUAACUUCAUCCAGGACUUCAGCGUUAUGUUCUCGUUGCGCCCAAUUCAAGAUCUCGAUCUUCAGCACUUGCACGACAAAUUGACAAAACUCAGACUCGGCAACGACGCGUCUGCAUCGGUCUAUCUCGCCAUCUGUGCCAGAGUAAAAACAUACGAGCAGAUCAACCAGUUGCUUUCUGUGUUCGCGUACGCCAGCCCCGCCGUGAUGAACGACAGGCAUAACGGCAUGUUCUACCUAGCCCUCGGACUCAUGCACCCGAGACUGGAUGUCCGAGAAACGGUUGCCGAGCUCAUUGACAAGAUCAGAGUACAUGAAGCUGGAAGACAUUUCUGGGCUGCGCUUGGUAGAUUCGAGCAAGCGGCCUUCGAUAGAGUCGUGCUUGCAAGGGCUGAGAGGGAGGAUGGCGGGCUACUGUAA